AGGCUGUUUGGAGGUGGGGCUGGCGAAGCGGCGGAGGCCCGGCAGUUUGGGCUUUUUGGAGACCGGGAGCCGAGGGCGGGAACGAGCUACGGAUGUUUCAGGAGUUCCGGCGUCUGAGGGCCGCUGGGCCAGCAGGAGUGUUGUGUGCGGAUAAAAUGGGGCAAGAAUAGAAGCAUGUAUGCUGCCCUGAAGCCCUUGGAAGAGAGGUGGAAUGCACGUGUUACAUGUAGCAGGUCUAAACCAGUUGCCCUUUGACUCUAUCAACAACAAACCCCUUCCAUUCAAUAGCAGGGUUGGCACUGCAGAAAAUGGCAGUGAGGCAAGCCAGAAGCGAAAGAGGAUGAAUAUCCCUCCAGAUGGCAUCCAGACCCUGAGCCUCGAGUCUCCUCCAAUGGAUCUGGGCAUGUCUGACCCAACAGCAUGGGCCACUGCCAUGAAUAACUUGGGAAUGGCACCCAUGGGAAUGGCUGGAGAUCCCCUUUUGCCUGACUUUGACCCUGCCCUUGGUAUGAUGACAGGGAUCCCACCAAUCAAUCCCAUGAUGCCUGGUUUGGGAAUGGUGCCACCACCAAUCCCAUCAGAUAUGCCUGUGGCUAAGGAGAUUAUUCACUGCAAGAGCUGCACUCUCUUCCCACCAAACCCAAAUCUCCCCCCUCCCACCACAAGGGAAAGACCUCCAGGAUGCAAGACGGUAUUUGUUGGAGGACUGCCUGAAAAUGGAACAGAAGAAACCAUUGUGGAGAUCUUUGAGCAGUGUGGAGAGAUCAUAGCGCUUCGGAAGAGUAAAAAGCAUUUCUGCCACAUCCGUUUUGCUGAGGAAUAUAUGGUGGACAAGGCCAUUUAUCUGUCUGGGUAUCGUAUUAGGCUGGGCUCUAGCACUGAUAAAAAGGACACCGGGCGCCUUCAUGUUGACUUUGCCCAAGCCCGGGAUGAUCUCUACGAGUGGGAAUGUAAGCAGCGGAUGCUGGCCCGAGAAGAGCGUCAUCGCAGAAGGAUGGCGGAAGAACGGUUCCACCCUCCCUCUCCACCCCCUGUUGUCCACUAUUCAGAUCACGAGUGCAGUAUAGUUGCGGAGAAGCUAAAAGAUGAUUCCAAGUUUUUGGAAGCAGUGCAGACAUUGCUGACCUGGAUAGAACGUGGGGAAGUGAACAGACGGACUGCAAACAACUUUUACUCUAUGAUCCAGUCGGUCAAUAGCCAUAUUCGACGGUUGGUGAAUGAGAAAGCGGCUCAUGAAAAGGCAAUGGAGGAAGCGAAGGAGAAGUUCAUGCUUGCGCUGUCAGGGAUUCUUGCUCAGUUCGAGCAGAUAGUGGCCGUGUACCAUUCUGCAUCCAAACAAAAGGCUUGGGACCAUUUUACGAAAGCGCAACGUAAGAACAUCAGCGUGUGGUGCAAGCAAGCGGAGGAGAUCCGUAACAUUCACAAUGAUGAGCUCAUGGGGAUCCGACGAGAAGAGGAGAUGGAAAUGUCGGACGAUGACACAGAGCUUCCAGAGACCAAAGAGACAAAAGAGACAGAAGAGUCAGCUUUAAUAACUCAAACAGAAUCGCUGAAGGAAGAAAAUGACAGCUUGCGGUGUCAGCUGGAUGCCUACAGGAAUGAGGUGGAACUUCUAAAGCAAGAGCAGGGCAAAAUGGGCCUGGAUGAACACCCAAGCAAAGAUCAGCAGUUGGUGCUCCUCCAGCAGUCUUUGCAAGGCAUGCAGCAGAACCUGAGAGCCAUGCGGAAUGAAACCAAGGGGGUGGGGGUAGAGAGUCCAACUGGAGCAAGACCGGAUGAUGCCCUUGCCUGCUGCCGUCUCCCUCAUGCCUUCUGGGAUCUUCUCCUGAAACUACAGGAUGAAUGUGAAAGUAGAGAAGCUGAACUUGAAAAAACAAAGGAGGAAAAACUGCAACUGGACAAAGUGCUUGGAAACCUAAAAGAAAAGCAAGAGCUAACGGCUGGACCAGACUGGGGAAAAGACUGCACUGAUCAAGAACAUGCCAACAGCUUGUCCCCGAUCUGCUCAGUGAACCAGGAAAAGGAGAGCAUACUUGAAAGAGGACUUAGCAGCAACCCUAUCAAAACAGAGAGGGAAGCUUUAUUAGUGGGGAUAAUCUCCACCUUCCUCCAUGUUCACCCUUUUGGAGCAAAUAUUGAGUACAUCUGUUCCUACCUCCAGCGCCUUGAUAGUAAGAUUUGUGCUAGUGAAGUGGAAGCCCUCAUGAUGCGACUCCAGCACACUUUCAAGCAGGAGAUGAGUGGGGUUGGAGCAAGCCUGGAAAAAAGAUGGAAAUUCUGUGGCUUUGAAGGACUAAAAACGACGACGUGAACUUGAAUGAAGGGGAGUCUUGGACACUGGCAUUCACCCAGGAUGUGUAGGUUGCAUUGUGCAGCGAUCUGACUCUCCUCUGCGCAUCCAGUGGCUCACCUUGCAGUCCUCAAACGGCAUCAAGAAAACCAGGGGCCAAUUCUUAAGGGCUGUUGAUAUUCAUGUUGUCUUUGUUUGUUUGUUUGUUUGGGGUUUUUUGUAGCAAACUGAGCCCUUUUGCAGGGUCAGGCUGGCAUGUUCUAGGAUCAGUCCUAACACUGCUAUUUGGAACUUUGAUACUUUUUACAAAUAAGGUUGGCUAAAAAAAAUUACUAGCUUGUUUGUACAUGGCACUCUCAAAGCCACUGUUAACCCUCAAAAUGUUUCUACUUUUGAGAGUAACUAUCCAAUAGAAUACUGCAUAAUCGCCCAAGAUAGCAUAUUUGUUGUUCCUAGCAUAACUUGGCAAUAAAGAGAUAUGCUAAAGGUU